CAUGCUUGAAGUUAGUGAGUUGUACAGUGAUUCGUAAGUGUGAAAGUGAGACUUCCCGAUUUUUUUUAGAAAAUGCAUUUCUUUGGAAAAAUUUCCCAUUCUGCAUUCGUUUCGUUAUUGCUAUCGUCGUAUUCAUACAAAGUUACGGAUUCACGUGGAAUUCAGCCUUAAUUAUUAUUCCUCAUUUUAGCUACAUGAGGCUAUGAGAAACGUUGGCAUUGACCCAGAGAAAAUACAGUCCUCGGCUUCUCGCUUAUGGUUAUAUACGGAGAUUCUGACAGAGAACAGGCUGGUGGGCGCAUUUGUCGCCACAAGUCUUAACCCCAAAUAUAAAAAAAAUAUACGGAGCUCAUUAUCCACAUGUUCUGAUUGGUCCAUUGGUCUGUCAGUUGUCCGGCAGCUAACACCUCCAGUGUCCUCCAACUCUGAUAAGUGAAUUAUCAAUCCCAUUUGUUGUACCAAAUUCCAUUAUGGGUUAUUUCCAAAAAGAAAGUUCAGCGGACAAACACGAGAGCAACCCUGUAAAAGUUGGUGGCACAGAACUGCAGAUUGGAGAAACCACAAACACUAUUGUAAAAGUUGAAUCUCAGACAGAAUCUUUAAUGAACAGUGAGCAAUCAAACUGUGCUGCCCUUGUCAAGAUUGAAGUCAUUAACAUUGAAUCUGACGCCAAAUAUAAAGCCUGCAUCAUGGACGACAAUGAUUCAUGUUCCUCUGGCUUCAGUAGUGAAGUGGCGUCCCCUAGAAGUGGAUGUGGGAAGGAAAUCACCAAGAAGCCUUUAAACAAUAAUUCAAAGGAAACUAGAUCCUUGAGUUCAACCAGUGCAUCAUCAGUAGAUGAAGGGCUUGAGCUUGAUGCAGCUUGUGUAUCAAUUGACACUCUUUCCCUUAAUGCAAUUCAACCUCAAGAAAGUGAAGACAUUCAAUCAGUUGAGGAUUCAGCCCCUGUUUUGCCAGAAUGUACUGACAAAAUUGGAACUGGUGCCAAGAAUAAAAUUAAAAUGGAAGAGCAUCCACAGUUGCCUGAAGGAGAUAUCUCUGUUGCUGACUUCAGCUACCUCAAGAAAGUUGGAAAAGGAGCUUUUGGAGAUGUAUUUCUAGUACGGAAAAAAACUGGCAAAGACGAGGGUGCCAUCUAUGCACUGAAGAUGAUCUACAAGUGCAAGGUGUUGGAUGAUGAGUAUCUUACCAUCCACUUCAGGAGUGAAAAGGAGGCUUUACAAAGAGUUCGUGCUGGACCCUUUCUCUCAACCCUCUUCUAUGCCUUUCAGUCUGUGGAGCAUCUAUUCCUUGUUAUGGACUACAAUGGAGGGGGACAGUUGCUGCAACAGUUUAUUGGCAAAAAUGUUCUUCUCGAGAACCACAUGAGAAUUUACCUGGCUGAGCUUGUUCUGGCUGUUGACUACCUACACAUUCGUGAGAUCAUCCACCGCGACAUCAAGCCAGAGAAUGUGCUGCUUGACAAGCAGGGCCACGUUGUCCUCAUAGACUUUGGCCUUAGCAAGCUGGUGACCGGGGCACCCAAUGAGUCCCAUGUGGGCACCGAGCCUUACAUAGCUCCUGAGAUCCUGCAGCACCACCCUCAUGACAGGAUGGCUGACUUCUGGAGCCUUGGUGUGCUGGGCUAUGAGAUGGUGGCUGGGUCUCCUCCUUGGAGCCUUGACAUGUCGGACGAAAAGCUCAGGAAAGCCGUGCUGGAGCGAGAGCCGCAGUACAACUCGCGUCUGUUCGGCAAGCCCUGCAAGUCUCUGCUGCAGGGCUUGCUACAGAAGAGCCCCAAGCAGCGACUGGGAGCCGUCCAUAAGAACAACACGGGCGGCAUUCAGGACAUCAAGACCCACAAGUUCUUCAAGUGUGUGAAGUGGAACGCGGUGGCAGAGCGCAAGUUGAAGCCCCCCAGCCUGCCCCCUGUUGAGGACUUCUCUCAGUACCGCGACAAGGCCUUCAAGGAACCCAAGGAUAAGGGUUUCCGCCGCUACUUCCCUGACUACCAGUACUCGUGGCUGACCGACACUUCAUCUUGACGAUAGAGCUCCAUAGUCUACAAUUGCCGCACCUCCAUCUGCCUGUGGUGCAAGCCAUCAUCCAUCGCUGGCCGCCGUCACCACGCUGCUCUCAACGCCUGCUUAUUGUGCCUCAUGUUGUCGCCAUUGAGUCUUUCUUUUGCUGCUUCUGUGUCAUUCUGUUACGAUAGCUGCGUGCCUCUGUUACAACCUAAACGUCCUUUAUUUACUACCUCAUUAUGCUUCUGUUGUUGCAAUACAAACAAUGCAUCCCAGUUCUUGGCUUCAGGCUUAGUUUAUUUAACGUACCUGUCUAUUAUAGCCAUUGUCACGUAAGGUCUUCUUCAUAGCAAUCGAUGUCUGUCCACAUGCCUGUCAAUAAGUAAACAAAGUGUAUUCGAUUUGGUCUCUUAGUAGUCUCUUCCUUCCACUUAUUAUUUACUCUCUACUCCUGCACUGUUAUUAAUAAUUUAAAUUCAAUUGGGCUUCAUUUAUAAAACAUGGUGCGAUUUGAAGCAACCUGGUCUGCAGUCACUCGAUCCCAAUUUUUGCUAAGCACUAUCCUUUCUACUUUCCACUCUAAUUGAACUUUCUACGUUGUUUUUGCGAUUCCCUGCCUUAUCCUCUUGAUUGAAAAAUUUCUAAAAAAGAUCCCAUCCUUCAUAACAUCCACCUGAGACUGUGUGCCUGCUGGUUUUGAAACGAUCCUCAUAAUUUAACUAUGACUAAUGGACGAAAUAUUUUUAACUUGACGUAAUAAUUGGCUUCUUAUUCCGCACCGUUGCAAGGAAUUUUAAAUGUUUCUCAUUUGAAUCCAACAUCACAGCAAAUAUUUUUCCACUCUCACAGAAAAUUACUUGUCUGGUCAUUUUCAGGUAGACCUCUUCGAAAUGUACACUUUUUUAUAGUCAAUUAUUUUACUGCAGACUUGAAAGAGCCUGUAUGUGUAAACUUCACUAGAUUACCUGCUUCAUGGCCGCUAGCAGCUCCUGCUGUACAUAAUAAUAUCGAUGUUGUGCUAGUAGCUAUCGGCGUUAUUACUAUUAUCUUGUCGCUGGUAGCUCUUCUGUACAUUAUAGUUUACGUGUUGUGCUAAUAGCUCCUGAUGUACAUAAUAGUAUCCAUGUUGUGCUAGUAGCUACAAGCUUUAUUGCUGGUAACUUGCCACUAGUAGCUCCUGGCAAGUUUUUGCUUGUAGCUUCUCUGUGUAUUAUCGUAUCGGUGUUGUGCUUGUGCAAACUGGGACGCUUGCUAGCCCCAGGGUUAAGUAAUGGUUGUUACUAGAGUGCCGCGUUCUCAAAUUUAUCAUAUACAGUUCGUCCAUUGAGUGGUUGUCAGGUUGGAUCACCAAUGGUUGAACACCAUCAUUGAUGACAGCCUUGUGCCGUUUCGGGAUUUCAGCGAUAUUAAAAUAGUUAUAUGUCAAUUUAAUAAGACUGUAUCAAUAACUCAUGUAGUUUAUAAGAGUAGUAAUUUAAGCAUUAAUAAUGGCAAAGACCGCUCGAUGUUAAAAUGGAAUAUAAUUCUGCUCUCUAGUGCGGUUGUUAUUUAUCUCGGGGGUUGUUAAUUAUUUUAUUGGAAUAAUGAAAAUCCUCAUAAUCCGUAAAAAUAUUAGCGUUAAUAUUGAGUUAUUUAAGUUCAUAUGUUCUACACAUGCCGUGCGUGGGGCUUGUCCAAAUAUGCCUGACUUGACGUGUAUGCUCUUAACCUCGUGUUCAUUCUAAUGGUAAUGUCUGGUGUGGAAUUUUUUACUUACUCUUUCCUAAUUUCUGUUAAUAUUUUAUGCUCUAAUCAUAUUGCUUGCAAGUUUUCACUUUAAACAUGGUUUGCUUUUCUAUCUUGUUAGCAUUCAUUUUUGUGCGAGUGAUUGACUUCCUCAAUUAGAAAUUUUGUAACUGUCCAUGCGCUCACUCUGAAUCUGCGCUCUCUCCUGCUGCUGACUUGAGUGAGAGACUAGCCUUGCGUUUGGAGUGGAGGCCCAGUAAGUUAUCAACUUAUCUCACUGGCGGCAAUGGGGAAGAAAUAAACUUUAGUGAUUGGUGCGAGGUUGCUAAGUGAGCAACUUGUGCCUUCUAUCUCCCUUCCGAUGAGUGAUAGAGGUAACUGCAAGCAUGCUAGAUUUUAAAGUAGUGUAUGUGGCGUUACUCUACGUGAGGCUGCGUUUUCUUGUUGCAGUUGGGUCAAAAUGUUAUUACAACUUUUUUGGCAAAUCUCCAAUACAAAUGCCGUUUUCUUACCAAACGAUUACUGGAUUUGCCUCGUUGUAGAAGCCGCGUUGACCCUUGUUUAAGUAUUUAUUUAUGCAAUACACGCCAUGUGUUCUAGUGAAUUUUUAAUACUCUUGACGUGUGAAAACUUGUGAACCACGACGCGAUCUGCUGUCGCUGUAGAUGAUCUACACGUUGAGGUUGCAUGUCGGUCUAUUUUACACUAAUUCAACAGCACCAUGUGCUAUCAUGUUGCUCUAUUUAAUCUAAUUCUGCAGCACCGUGUGCUAUCAUAUUGCUCUAUUUUAAUCUAGAUAUAAAAACAGAUAUAUUUGGUCGUUGGUUCUAUAAUUAUAUAAUGGCUGGCGAUGCCUAUUCUUUCUCAGAUCUUUACCGAUGAAGCUUAAGUUUCUGAUAUGAUGUAAAUUUUUUAUCAUAUCUUUUGAUGCAACUUUUUUUUUAUCAC